UGGCUAAGAGUCUCAAACAGGUUUACGGUUGCCUGUGAGCAAGUUUUCAAGCAGACAGACCAUUUGCAUGUCAAAACUGGUAACUUGUACUCUCAGCCAGCACACUGCUUAUCAUGUUCAGACACCUCCUUGUUUCGGUGGCUUCCAGCUGGGGGAGAGUAGCCUCCUCAAAUAUAGAAAAGAAUUAGUAUGCAGAUGGCUGUACAUAAACCUCAUUGGGAUAUGUUUGGGAGCAGUCAACAGGAUUUUCACACUUCAAAUUUCCAAGGGACGAUGACUGGAACAAUGGACUCGGCCCAAUUUUCUUCGCUGUCAUCCAUAAGGGGAGAGCAUGUAUCAGGGGAUUACAUGCAAGCCCACUACAAGGAGUCAUAUCGCUUGGCCAUUGAUUGCCUCCUAAGCGGGGGCACAGAGAGUUACACAGAGUUCCUCAAAGGAGAACGUAUCGGCAGCUUCCUGUCUGACGAGGAGCUCGUCUUCAUUACGUCAAACGCCAAAGAGCUCCCACCUCAGACCCACAUAGAGGAAAUCAAUAACCACGCGGACAGUCACUCAUCCUCUGGGACCUACUGGCCUGUCCACUCGGAUGUGGACGCUCCCGCUUUGGAAUUGGGCUGGCCUGAUUUCAUACAUGAAAAUCUGCAGACCAAUAUCGACCUUCUCUAUCAUCCCCCAAGACAAAACAGCCCCACCAUUAAAGAAGUGAUUCUGAAACACAUACGGGAUGCAAGACAGGUCAUUGCCAUCGUGAUGGAUAUGUUCACUGACGUGGAUAUAUUGAAAGAAACUGUUGACGCCUCCAUUCGAGGAGUUCCGGUCUACGUGCUUUUGGAUGAUUUCCACUUGAAACAAUUCCUCACGGCGGCUGAGAAUCAAGAUAUAAAACUUCAACAACUCAGAAACAUGAGAGUGCGCACUGUGAAAGGUGAAGAUUAUCAGUGUCGUACAGGGACUAAAUUCCAUGGAGCGAUGGAGCAGAAAUUUAUUUUGGUUGACUGUCAUACAGUGAUUUAUGGCUCGUACAGAUUCACGUGGUCAUGUGCAAAGAUCAACUUGAGCAUGGUGCAGGUCAUCACGGGCCACCUGGUGAGGACUUACGAUGAGGAGUUUCGAACACUGUACGCGAGGUCAACAGUGCCAGCUGAAUUAUGCCAACCGGAUCAUUCUCUCCCAUCUAAUGGCCCCCACAUAAUGCUCGGCUGGUCCAAAUAUUCUCCUCAUUCGACACAAACAAUUGAUCGGCGCGACCAACUAAGGCACACGUUGGACUCUGUCUACCGGAAGACCUGUGAGAGGAAUCUGUACAUCAGAGACUGCAAUGAUAAUCAUUAUGUGCCUUUGACUGAGCAUGACGCUGGUUUGCAGAACCACAUGUCCAGAUUUCAGUCUGCAGACUCAAUAAACUACUUAAAAAGGCACAGCUAUGCGGGGGAAAGGCAUGAUGGACAUGUCAAACAGAAUGUCAGAGCCAGAGCAAGCAACUGGAAUAUUUCCCGGGAAACAGCAAUGGGGAAAAACUAUCCACUGGAUCAUAACUAUUUAGUGCCACAGAUGUACAGGAGUCAAAAGCUCCGUCAGUCAUACAAUGGCAACGACAAACAAAUUCUGUCCUUGCAGCAAAACAUGCCAACGCUGGAAAAGACUUCCAAAUCGUUCAUGCGUACUUGGAGGAUCGAGUCAUACCUCCAAAACCCUGACAUGCCGUUUAGCGAGCCGCCUGACUAUUUGGACCAGUUUGAGUCUUCCAACAGCUUCAUGCAGGGAAGAAUGAGGUCUUCUCUUGUUUUUAGGUCCGCCCUACCAGAGCAAUUGGACCAACAUUCACACAUGAACGCCACACCUUCUGUCGGUAGCCGCUCAGCAGCGCUUCAUAACUCUUUGCGCUAUUCCUCAAUGCAGUGGAAUCCACCGAUCGAAACUAGCAGACUAAACAAUGAAGAAUACAUGUUUAAGAGAAAGAGCCUGCAGACUUUGGAUGACUACAGCAGUGGGAAAAACUCCUACCCAUCUGCCUACGCCAGCUUAGGCAGAGUCCAGCAUGGGCAGAUCAUGACAAAUCCAGACAAGUUAACCGACCCCUGGCACAAAAGGCACAGCGUGGCAGAUCCAAGAUCCAACACCUCAUACACACAGGACUCCUCAGGUGACAUGUAUGGAUCUUUUGCUCGGAUGCAAAUAGAUAGAGGCAUCAACGUGAAGCAGAGUGGCUACAGGUCAAAUCUCAAUGACGAUCAGCGAUCUGUUUCUCAUUAUGAUGUCAAGAGCAUGACAGACACUAGUUCCUGCACUUCCAUUUGGCAGGAACCUCCUUCCAGAACUCUAUCUGCUGCAAGCCUGGGCGUCGACGGCAGGGAUUUGGCAACCAAAUCCAACAGAAUGGGCUCUCAGCAUUUUCUAAAGAAGAGUACCAAGAAGAUCAAGUCCUUUUUGAACAUACCAGAUAAGAAAGAGGAUCGAGUCGAAAGUGUAGAAACGCCAAGUGUGACGUCAGAUGACAGCACAGACACCAUUAAAGCCGAGGAUGAGACUGUGGUUAAUCAUCAUGAUAGCAAAUCAUCCCUAGAGCCUCAGGAAAAUCAUGUGGCUGAUGUAAAGUAUUCCAAACCAAGAUUCAAAACAGAGGAUCACCAGCACACACCUCAGCUCUCUUCCUCUGAAACAAGAUCGCAAAGUAAGCUCGGUGUCGGCGACAAAAAAACAAUCCCAGACGUUGACGUGCUGGGCUGGAGUAAAGACAGAAAAGCUGACAAUCGCCUUUACAGCAGAUUUGAGCCUUUUUGUUCAAUUCAAAAGAAACAAUCUUCGUACUCCCCAUUCAACUCGCUGGAAAAAAUCAAAAACCCAACUACUGACCUCAACGUCCACCGUCUAGGAAGAGGCCACCAUGAAAAUAAGCUUGGGAAAUUCUUUCACAGAGUGGGAAACCUCAUUCACAAGACUAAGUAGUGUAGUUCAACACGGGUCACUUAUAAUUUGGAGCACAUUUGAAUUGCCGACGUUAGUUGUUAGCAGGCAGAUUUGCCUCACUGUUCUGAGGUUGAGGAACCAAAUCCGUGUUCCGGCCUUCCUUUGCGGGGUUGACAUGUUGUCCUCGUGCUUGGCUGGGUUUUCUUUGCAUCCUUCCUGCUUACUCCCAUAUUCCAAAAGCAUGUACUGUACUGUAUGUUCAUUGAAGACUCCAAAUUGUCUAUAGGUGUGAAUAAUGACUGUUUUUAAGUUUCCUGCGAUUGGCUGGCGAAUAAGACAGUUGGAAGUCACCUGGAAUAGACUCCAGUUCACCUGCGACCGUAAUGAGGAUUAAGUUUUAUGUAAAAAAAAAAAAAAGGAUGGAUGAGUGGCAUCUUGCCAUUGAGCAAGAUAUGUUGCUUUGUCUGUUUGUAAUAUUCACCAAGUGCUGUUGAUUCUGAACUUCUAUUGGUUCAAGAGUACUUCUGACAUAGUGAUGUACAGUACUCAACAUUAAUUAUUACACCCAGACAGAUGUGUUGAAAAAAAAAUACUGAAGGUCAACAUAAUGCCAAGGCUUCAUAUUAAAGUAAUUGUAGCACAACGUGUCGAACACACUCACACGUUGAUACACACAUUUACACAUUGGUACAGUCGGUCUUUACCACUUUGUUUACAUUGGACAUGUUUCCAGCCAACUGUUUACUAUUUUAAGACAUUUUUUAUUGUGCACUUAUGCGCUGUACUGUACAUUUAUCUGCUCAAAUAUAUUCACUAUAAAAUAUGGCAGAUACCUGUACAUAGCCUAAAACUUGAAUUGUACAAAAAAAAAACCCUUCUGCAAGUCAGACCGAGGUGAUAAAUCGACCAAUGCUGCACAGCCAUUAAGUGGGGGUUGCGUCAAAAGCUCGUAACUAUUGCAAUAAGUUCAGGCUUACAAACAUAGCAAAGCACUCAAGAUGCAGCAAGCAAAAACGAAAGGACGGUCACACUGCGUGCAACAUUGUCUCAGUUUUAGGAAUUGUAACCGUAGUUUGUAAAAUACUUGUUAUUACGGUUGUUAACUGCUGCAUUAAAAUGCAAGAGAAAUGUUUUAUACAACGUGCGAUUGGAUACUGACAAAUUGCGUAAAUUAAAGACCUUGGGAGAUUUGAUGUCA